CAUAUGGGCUUGCCCUUCUGGUGAACUUUCACCUCCCAAACUUGCCUUCUUUCAUUGGACAAAGUGCAGAAAAAAGGAAUGAAAGGUUUUUGUUUUGUUUUUUUUCUCUGUGUGGCUUCAGUUGUAAUUGGCUUUAAGACACUUUUACUUAUUUUUAAACAAUCCCCUUUCACAAAAGCAUACCGUUUCCAUGACCAAUAUAAGAAAUAAGUGAACGGUUUCGCUUUCUAAGUAUUAUUUUGCGCUUAUUUAAAUUAUAUUGUGUUUGUUCUCUAGUUGUUCAAUGAAGAACUGCAAUGAAUGUUGUUUACCCAGCAGGUGGAUGUGACGUCAAGGACUUGGAACAUCAAAAAAUAACAACAUCCAAAUCCGCGAUUCCCCUUGUCUUUCAAGGCGCAUUAAAAUGUAGAAUCACCGCAAGCAGCUCUGCUUCAUAUUUGAGAGGGAAGGUGGGGUGAAACUAUGUAGAUUCCUGAUCAGAAACAGUGCUUUCUGUGUAUCCUGCCGGAGAUUCCUUGUUGCCAGUUGAAGUUAGUCCCCCAAGCGGAGUAAUAUAUUGUUAUUUACUGUGUGGUUAUUGCAUGCUUUCUUGGUACACAAGAUCGCAUGUGAGUUGAUUGUUACAAGCAAGCCCAGAUAUUUAUCUUCAGCGUUGAUCAACCAUUUUCGCACUCGUAUCAGGUGAUCUUCUCAAGCGUGCCCGCUUCCUGAUGUGAAGACUUCAAGUCCAGUAAGGUUCACACUGAAUUGGUGGAAUGUCCAUUUUACUUAGAAAAGUAAGAAAGUGUUUAAUACAAUGAACAUGGCAGUCCAAAUGGAAAGAUGAAGAAAUAAUUGCCCUGGGUUGCCAGAAUAUGCCAGGUAAGAAGAGCGAACUUUGAAGGUGGCUGUAACGGAAGAUAGCUUAAACAAGCAACUGCUUGAAGAAGGUUUUUAAAUCAUGAUGCAAGAAUCUGGAUCUGAGGCGACAAGUAACGGUUCGGCCAGUCAGAACGGCGCAAGCAGUGGCAACCCCUUUACAGACUGCAGCUUAAGGGAAGUGAGAUCGAAUGGUGAGACCCCUUCUCUUGAAGUCUCAGCAGCUGAUUUAGUGCAUCUGCAGCAACAUCAGGCUCUUCAAGUUGCACGACAGCUCCUGCUGUAUCAGCAACAACAGCAAGGCUCGGGACUGAAGUCACCCAAAGGGAAUGACAAGCAGACAGCUCAACAGGUUCCAGUAUCAGUGGCUAUGAUGACACCUCAAGUGAUAACUCCUCAGCAAAUGCAGUUUAUUCUCCAGCAGCAAGUGCUGACCCCCCAGCAGCUCCAGGGCUUGCUGCAGCAACAGCAGACGCUUAUGUUACAACAGCAGCAACUCCAAGAGUUUUAUAAGAAACAGCAGGAACAGGUGCAUCUUCAACUUCUACAGCAACAACAUGGUGGGAAACAGAGUAAAGAGCAACAGGUAGCCGCUCAGCAGCUGGCCUUCCAGCAGCAGCUUCUGCAGGUUCAGCAGCUUCAGCAGCAGCACCUCCUGAACCUCCAGCGGCAAGGCCUGCUUACCAUCCAGCCAGGCCAGGCUUCCCUUCCCGUACACCAGCUGACUCAAGGCAUGAUUCCAGCAGAUGUGCAGCAGCUCUGGAAAGAGGUAACUGGAGGUAAAGAUGAAAACACGACGAACAACCACGGAAGCCUGGACCUGUCCACUAGCUCCAUCCACUCACCUGCUCCCCCGAAGAAUUCGUCAAUAGUAAACCAUCAUGCUUCAACAAAUGGACAACAUGUGAGCCACACUCCCAAAAGAGAAUGCUUAUCCAACGAAGAUAACCCACACAGCCACCCUCUGUAUGGGCAUGGUGUAUGCAAAUGGCCUGGCUGUGAAACAAUAUGUGAAGAUUUUCAAUCAUUCCUUAAACAUCUCAACAAUGAGCAUGCCCUGGAUGACCGAAGUACAGCACAGUGCCGAGUGCAGAUGCAAGUCGUACAGCAGCUGGAACUGCAGCUUACUAAAGACAAAGACCGCCUGCAAGCCAUGAUGACACAUCUGCAUGUGAAAUCAAGGGAGCCAAAGCCUACCCCUCAGCCUCUGAAUCUGGUAUCCAAUGCCACUCUCUCCAAAACGGCCUCUGAAACGUCACCACAGAGUUUACCUCACACCCCUACCACGCCGACUGCCCCCCUCACUUCCAUCAACCAGGGACUUUCAGUAAUCACACCAACGAGCAUGCACAGCGCGGGACCAUACAGAAGGCGAUAUUCAGAGAAAUACAAUAUGCCCAUCUCUCCAGAUCUUUCACAGAACAAAGAGUUUUACAUGAAUGCUGAAGUGAGACCUCCAUUUACAUAUGCUUCCUUAAUAAGACAGGGAAUUCUUGAAUCUCCUGAAAAGCAGCUAACACUAAAUGAAAUCUACAACUGGUUCACGCGAAUGUUUGCAUAUUUCAGGCGCAAUGCAGCAACGUGGAAGGGUGCCAUUCGCACCAACCUUUCACUGCAUAAAUGCUUUAUCAGAGUAGAGGAUGAGUUUGGGUCCUUUUGGACUGUUGAUGAUGAAGAGUUUAAACGCGGUCGCCACAUUCAGCGAGGCCGUCCUCGGAAACACAACACUGAGGAAGCUAUUGAUGAUCUAUUUUUACACAGUCCAGCUCUUGUAAAGAAUUUACAGACCAGCCUUGCUUACAGCACAUCUCUCAAUGCUGCUUUUCAGGCUUCAAUGGUAGAAAAUAACAUACCUCUAUACACUACUGCUUCCAUGGGAAGUCCCACUCUUAGCUCACUGGCUAAUGCCAUACGAGAGGAGGUAAAUGGUGCAAUGGACCUUGCAAACAGCAUUGGAAGUGACAGCAGCCCAGGACAAUCUCCUUUUCAAGCUAUGCAUCAUAUCAAUGUUAAAGAGGAACCACUGGAUCCAGAAGAUCAUGAUGGUCCUUUGUCCCUUGUGACAACAGCCAACCACAGUCCAGAUUUUGACCACGACAGAGAUUACGAAGAUGACCCUGGGAAUGAAGACAUGCAAUAAGCACAUGUCGUUGUAAUCCUGAGAAUGAAGAUAGAAAGAACUAAUCAAAACGAGCUGUAAAAUCUCUCACAAAACAAAAGAGGAUCUGAAGGAUUUUCAGUCCAUUUUGACAGUUAUAAAAUGUUUUAAUUGACUUAGUGCCAUUAAAUAAAUAAAAUAUCCCAUUUGGGAGUGUUUUUUAUUUAUUUAUACUUUUUUUUUUUGUUUAAAAAAAAAAAAAAAAAAAAAAAAAAGGAAUUUCUACUCGACAUGUAUUGAAUGGACUUGUUUGGUACUUGGGACUUUUCCUCUUGAAAUCAAGAUCAGUGCUGUGUUACUGGACAGUUCAUGCUGUCCGCACACACUGCAGCGGACAACGGACUGCAAUCCUGCGAAUAUGGAUAACAAAGCCACAUUGAACUGAGCAUGUACUUUUCAUACUGCAGGUUGAACUGUGCUGGGAGACUGAAAAGAUUUUGAUGGAUGUUUGAUUUGCACAGUGCUGUGUGUGAUUUAAGUUUGAAUUAUCACUGCCUUUAAUCCACUUUUUUUUUAGUUGUUGCUUCCAUUAAGGUUGGGGAGGGUCUUAUUUUGGGGGGGGGGGGGGGGAGAUAAUUCUUUUUAAUGUGUUGUUUUUUUUUUUUUUUUUUUUGCUUCUUCUACUAAUACUACACAUUUUUAAACUCUGACCAGCCUCCUCAAACGUUGAACUUUGGCCCCUUAAAGGCUUCACAUGGUCAGCACUUGAUGAUAAUGAAUGUGUUUUUUUUUUUUUUUUUUAUGUAAUGAAGCAGAAUGUCAAACACCUAGUAGUAUUUUUCUGUCAUUUAUUCCAUAAUUUGCUUCAAAAUGCAACCUCAUGCCACCUUAUUUUGUUUUUUUUUUCAACACAGCUGCCCAUUCACUUCUGCUUUUUGCCAAAAUAUAGCCCACCCCCCAAAAUUGUGAAGUAAUGCACUACUCAUAAUGAAGGUUCUGCCUACUCAUCGCCGAAGUAUUGUGAAAAAAACAAAAGGAGAAUGAAUGACAGAGAAAUUUUACCAGAAUUUAAAAGAUUGAAUAGAUUUGGUCUGCACAGCAGUGAAAGACAUCUGCAACAGAAUCGCUGAACAUUCUUGAAGUGUUUGACCCAAGCAAACUUAUUAUUUUUUUUUUUUUUUUUACAGAGUAAUAUACAUACCUUAAUAAUAAAACAUGUAUUAAUAGACUUCUGAAUCAUACCCUUGGCAAGUAAUAGUUAUAAACAGAAAAUAUACAUACAUUAAGCCCACAAUUGAACAUCUAAGCAAAAUAAAUGAUCUCACCUCUGAUUACUAUAUCACAGGUUCAGCAUUUCAUUGCAGCCUGGUUCACAACUGCUUUGGAGACAAAUCUGUUUAAAUAGAACAGACUUGUCAUGUUGAGGGGAUAAUGGUAGCUAAAUCCAGCAAUGUCACAGUAUUAGUUUAAUUGUUCAUUUGCAAAUACUGUGCUGGGGGUUAUGAUUCCAGUUUGUGUUCUAUUGCUGUAUGCCAGCCAGUGUCAGUACUUUAGCAGUGGAAGCAGAGCAUGAUGUGCGGCUGGAGACUGUUUUGCAGGUUUGGCGCAACUAGAGAAUACAGAACUGAAAUCAGAGGUUUGUACAAGUCUGUCACAGAUCACUUAAAAAACACUGCAACCAACCACUUGUAUCAGUUGUAUUUAUUUAGUUAGUCUGGUUUCGAUAUGAUUUGGUUGAUUUGGUUUUUUUGCUUUAUAUUUUUUGUUCUGUAAUUACCAAAGAUGAACUGUUAAGUUAGCUAUGUUCUCUGUUUCAUUCUUUAUCACAUAAGGCCAAAUACCCUCUCAUUUGUCAGUGGAGGUAAAGAGGGACAGAGGGGAUUUAGAGAGGAAAAUAGGCUAAUUUAAGGCUGCAUCUAGCUGUUGGUGAUAAAAGCUCCUUGUAUCUUCAGAUUUAUUAUUAGUGGAUAAUUUAAGGCAAAGAUGUUGCUUACUGAGUAGCCACUGCCUGUCCUUGCAGUGACCAAAUUUGACACCAUACUAAAAAGCAAUGAAAAACAUAGCAAACUAAAAAUCAGUGGUCCAAGAAAUAUAGGGAGCAUUCCAUCUUGAAAAGGUAACUUUACAACAAGGGUGUAAGACACUGUGAUUGACAGCAAGCAGCGCAAACGAUUCUACAAAUUAAGUGAACCAUGCAAUGGUUUUUUUUAAGGUUAUUUUAUGUUCUAGAUUUGUAAAGCUUGUAUGCACCUUCUGUUGGAAGACCAGUGUCCUUCAGUGUGCCAGGAUUAUUUCUUUUUAUUUUUUGUUUCCUUGGCACAGUAUGGGAUUGUUUUUAGUUUCUGUCAGCAUUUUGUUUUUUUAUUAUAAAAACACUCCUGCUAACUCAUAAGCUUGGUACAAGGUUCUUCUGUGGCAGUUAUUUUUAAGCUUUAUCAUGCUUUCAAUCAAAAUAGCAACCUGUGGUCUUGUAAAAAUGUAUUUAAAAUUGUGCAGGCUGGCCAAGUGGGAUCCCUGCACAUCCAAACUGAGUGGUCUGCUGGUUAGCUCUGCAUUUUAAAGGGGGGAAAAGGCUAGUUUAGAUUAGUACAUUCUCAGCAUGUGUAGCUAGACAUGACUAAAGAUAACAGCAUGAGAAAACUGUUAGUAUGCAUACCUCAGUUCAAACCUUUAGGGAAUGAUUAAAUAAAAAAAAUACAUUUCACUCAGUUGCACUUAGUUGUAUGUCUUGCAUGCUUAGUCAAAAGACUUUAGCAAAAAAAGUAGAGCUUGCCUAUCUCAAGUGGCUCACAACCUUUCAGUAAAACCAAUUUAAACCUCAGGCCUUUCAUGAAGAAAACAUACAAUAUUUUGUGUUUGGGUUUCCCCCACCCCACCCCCCAAUUACUAUCUCUAUAGAUAUACAGAGGCUCCAAUUGGGUGGGCUUUCUUUGUACAUAUAUCCCCAUGUCAGUGCAAGCCUUUGUCUUUUUGGUUUCUUUUAUUGUUCCUUCCAAUGCUAAAAGUGCUUGGUUAAACACAUUUGCUUCAAUGCAACUGCUUUGUAUUAACUUUAUUAAAAUAGCUAUGAAAAAACUACUGUAUGUAUUGGAAUAGCAGAAUGUGCUGCACUUGUAUUUUAAUUACUAAUCCUUGCUUUAAAUGAAAAGGAUAUUUGCUGACAGUUGGGAGUGGUGGUGGGGGGGGGGGGAUCCCUUACUUUUUGCUUUAAAACUGUAACAUAGAGGACAGACUUUUCUCUGUUACCAUUGCCCGAGGCAUUUUGUACAGAAUUUCUGUUUGUGUUCAGCUGUUUUGAUAGUUCCCGCCUUAUCAUGGUCCAACCACUGCCUUUUGUGGCUGUCUUUAAAAGGUUCAAACUACUGCAAAGAGGGCCAUUUUAAAGUUUUCUCAUCUUCAAGGAAAUAUUUUGCAUGAAUUAUUCUUGGAUCACAUUGAAAAAAAAAAAAAAGUAAAAAACAAAAUGUAAAAAAAAAAAUAAAAUUUUAAAAUAGUCAAGUGUUCAUAAAUAAUAAAGGGGAGCGUCAAUCUAAUACAUUUUGUAAAGAACUUUAAAAGGUGCCAAGAUGUAAAGAAUAUUUGUUACAUGUUUUUUUUUUUUAAAGAAAAGCAUACAUUAGCAUAAAGGAAAUACCAUGUGUCAGACAAAAUUGCUGUCAGGAAUGAGAGUCGCGGCCUUCUUUGAUGAAAUAAAAAUGGACCGUUAAAGCUGUUGAAUUAUCUGAUUAUUAGAUUAGGUAAAGUCAAGCGUAGCGAGUGGAACAGUGUUAAGUUGAGCACAUAGGUAAAUGUAAGUGACUAGCUGACAUCUGUCUAUAAAGGUCAAUAUGGUGAUAAUGUUUACUCCUUUAUUGAUUACUCAUAAUACAAACUGUUGCAGUACGAUGUCAGAUCUUUAAAUAAAUAAUAACUGUGGCAUUAUAUCCACACAUUUC